AUGCCGGCGCCAUCCUCACGCGAGCAGUCGGACCCUGAAGGAUUUGUCACCAUCAGCGUACGACUUCUCUCCGGCAAGACCUUGGUGAACCUAAGCGUGGCCGACCACAUGCAAGCGGAUGAGCUUUGGCUUCAGGUGCAAGCUGAUGCGACCUCACAGCUCACGCACGAAGGAUGCUGCAUCCGUUCCUUGCUGUGGGGUGCCAAUGUACUCGCUGGGAAACAAACUCUGAGGGAUCUUGGCAUGCACGGCCAGCAGGAAGUGGUUGCUGUAACCUCCGUUGGACUUGAAGGCACUUUUGAGAUAUUUCGCCCGCCGUGCCCGUGCAGCGACUGCUACAGGCGCCGCGCAGAGCGCAUGCAUUUUGAUCUCUCCGGCAUGGCCUCAUUUACCUCUUCGCUUCGGGACUACUUCAAAGGUGACCAUGCAGAGCAGGUUCGCACCUUCAAGUACACGCUUGGCGAGGUCGAGGAGGUCGAGGGCGAAUCGCCAAAUCUCCGGCGCAGCUUAUCGCUGGAAGAACUUUCCACGGACUCAGUGACAGACAUCCCCUGCAUACUUCAGGGCUGGCUGUUCCUAGAUGCAGAUGAUCCCAUCAAGCGCAGAGUGCACCUCAGUGGCUUCAAAAGGCCCGACGACAAUGGCUCGACCAGUGAGCUAGUGCUGGAGGACCUCCAAUGGCUGAAGCAGCGCGCCAAGGAUGAGGCCGAGAGGCCCUUGUGGUGGCUUGAGCAGUCCUUUAGAAGAAAUCAAGCUGAGCUGAUGAGAGAGGAGAUCUGGAACCCAGAAUUCCUCUACGACGAAGAGCAGCUGUACAGGCGUAUAUUUGCGAGGCCGAGGUGCGCGAGUGAGCACUUUGUGCACCACCAGCGCCCAAAGCCCAGGCACGGGCGCCGGAGUCACUGCUUGUGUGGCUUGGCAUGCCAGGGCCGCAAGAGCCAGUGGAAGUGUCGGAGCCAAAGAGAUGUCUGGGCCGAGGCCAAGCGAGCUUGCACGAUCAUGCGCAGGGCUGAGAGGGCCCUGAAGAUGGAGGCCAGGGAAGCGACUGAAGCGGCUUCGUAA